UACCGCCGUCAGACUGAGACUUAAUCGAUGUGUGAAGUCAAGAUAUCGAUCGGGACUCGAUCACUGUCCGGACAGGGAACUUCUGUGUCGGGUAACUUCACGACAUGUUCGCCAACAACACACCUCGAGAGAGUGUUGACCUGCUGCUGCCGCGGCGGGUAACGGAACUAGCUUAAAAACAACAACACGGACCGAAGUUUAACUGAGUUCCAGCCGUAAAACUGCUCACAGCUCACUGAAGACUUCACACGGAGACAUUUAAAGGCUUUCAGCCGAACGGAACCUGCGGCUCGGAGCCAGCUGAGCGGUCCACAGGUUCGGUGUGUCGGGCCGCUGGUCCGGUUCAACACAGCUGGCGUGUUUCUGACAGUUUGACCCAACAUGGUGGUUCAGAACUUCAUCAACAGUUGUUAGAAGCACCAUCUUUCCUCCUCUGUGCUCAGGACAGGUGAUUCCUCGGCUCGCUGCGCUCAGCGUUCAUACCAGGUUUGCAUUCUGACCUGCAAGCCAAUGGACCAUCACCAUCCUCAUGUCCUAUGGAGGAGGCUUUUACGGACGCACUGAGCGCGUCCAGCAGGGACCCCACUAUGACCAGGUCCCUCAGGGCUCUUUACCCCGAGCAGACUUUGACGAUCUUCCGCCGCUGAGGGAGCAGAGAGCGCCGCGCCUCGCUCAGAGCUCUGACCCCCUCCCUCCUCCGCCUCUGCCGGACCAGCCUCCCGUGGGCCCCGAGUUCGAUCCCAGCGGCAGCGAGGACAACGCGGACCCCGACCCUGACCCCGCCCUCGACAUAAAACCUGUCCACCGCUUCAUACCGGACUCCUGGAAGAACUUCUUCAGAGGGAGUAACCGCAGCAGCAACAAGCCCUGGUCCAUGUCCGCCUCCUCUCAGAACAACAACAACAGCACCACCGAGGGGGUCCGCUGCUCGCCUCCAGCGUCUCCAUCUCUCCCUGGAUCGUACCGCGAUCCUUAUGGCGGCUCAGGCGGCAGCUACAACUCGCGUAAAGAGCUUCUGGAGCUACGAGACGCCCAUGAGUCCGUGUCAGGGCGCACCUACCGCACAGGUCUGACCUACAGCGAGCGAGUGGAGGAGUACCAUCAGCGCUACGCCUACAUGAAGUCCUGGCCGGGGCUGCUGAGGAUUCUGGGAUGCGUGGAGCUCCUGCUGGGAGCAGCCGUGUUCGCCUGCGUCUGCGCCUACAUCCACAAAGACAACGAGUGGUUCAACAUGUUUGGAUACUCGGCGCCUGGAGGAGCGUACGCAGGAGGUCUCUACGGUGGCGGCACAGGCGGGAGCUACUACACCGGCCCCAAGACCCCGUUCGUGUUGGUGGUGGCAGGACUGGCCUGGUUGGUGACGGUGAUAGUGUUGGUGCUGGGGAUGACCAUGUACUACCGCACCAUCCUGCUGGACUCCAGCUGGUGGCCUCUGACCGAGUUCACCAUAAACCUGGCGCUGGCGGUGCUCUACCUGUCAGCAGGCAUCGUUUACGUCCGAGACACGACCCGCGGAGGCCUCUGCUCCUACCCGGUCUUCAACAACGGCAUCAACGGAGCGUUCUGCAGAACGGAGGCGGGCCAGACUGCCGCCAUCAUCUUUCUGUUCGUCACCAUGGUGGUUUAUCUGAUCGGAGCCAUGGUUUGUCUCAAGCUGUGGAGACAUGAAGCUGCUCGCAGGUACCGGGAGAACUACAUCCGAGAGAUGCAGAUGCAUCCCUCCGAGCUCCGAGCUUCACAGUCCGUGGUGGUUCCAGAUUCGGCUCCUGCAGUCAAACUCUCAGAACAGGUCCAGGGAUCCUCGGUGGUUCCGAUCCACGCUGCUCCCAAAGCCGUCCCGCCAAAGGUUCUGCAGGGAGCGAUACCAUCGGGACACAUCCCAAAACCUGUAAUUCUGCCGGAUUACAUCGCUAAGUACCCGACGAUCCGGUCAGACGAGGAGCGGGACCAGUACCGGGCCGUGUUUAACGACCAGUACGCAGAGUACAAGGAGCUGCACUCGGAGAUGCAGGCCACCCUCAAGAAGUUCGACGAGAUGGACGCCAUGAUGCGCAGUCUGCCUCAGCACCCCACCAGCCAGAUGGAGGUUGAUCGCAUCAACAGAAUCCUUCAGGACUACCAGAGGAAGAAAAAUGACCCGACGUUCCUGGAGAAGAAGGAGCGCUGCGAGUACCUGAAGAGCAAACUGUCGCACAUCAAGCAGAAGAUCCAGGAGUACGAUAAAGUCAUGGAGUGGAACGACGGAUACAGCUAAACUCACUCUGGAGAGAAAAAAAAAAGACUUGACCACAAACACAGACCUGUUCCUGACAGCGAGGCAGUAAAUGGUGGUGAAACUAACGGGUGAAGAAGACCACAGCAGCAGAAGCGGAUCUGCAACCUGCUGCGUCUUUAAUAUCUGUACAGCUGUGGUCGAACGUCUCUCAGCAGAUUUGUGCGUCUGCGUUUUUUGAAGCCCACACACAGAAGCAAACUGUGUUUUAAACACUAAAGAAAGGAUAUUUAGGGAAAUGACUAAGAUGGCCCUGAAACUACGUUCAGGAGCCGGUUAGCUUAGCUUAGCACAAAGACUGGAAGCGGGGGGAAACAGCUAGCCAAAGUCAGCCACCGAGUGCUUCCAGAAUUCACUUACUGACAUGAAAAAUGAACACUAACUUUUUUUAAUAGGCACUUUUUGAAAUUAGAAAUAGAGAUAAUCUGACACUCAACCUGAGAAUGAACAUGUUUACAGACCUCUGACUCGGUGACAGCUGACAGUGUCAUGAUCUGGAGUAGAUUUGGCAGCUUUGUCGGAAGCAGCGACGUUCACCGUUUUGUGAAACACGUGAUUGUAUAAAGGAAGUUACAUGACCUCAGGAACACAUACACAUACAUAGAACUGUUGUUGUUAAACAGUUUGUUUCUAAAUGAUUUACAUUCGUUUUAUUUGCAUUUUACACAGUGCCCCAACUUUUGGGGUGGUGAGAGAAGAAGUUCACCAAAAAAAAUGUGUCAUUAUCUAAAAAGUCAGGUGAAGUUUCGUCGCUCCAGAAAUGUUUUGUGGACAGUGUGUCAAUAUAAUCUACAUUUAAAAGUACUGACGUUAAAACAAACUCUAAGAACCAAAAGUAAAAGAAGUCUUGACCUGUUUAAGAAUAAUUCACGUCAUAUAUUCUCCCUUGUUUCCAGUCGUUAUGCUAAGCUAAGCUAACUGUCUCUUGUCUCCUGGUUACAAGCUUCAUAUUUAAACUAAAUGAGGGAUUUCCUCCCUAAAACAUGAAACUCUUCCUUUGUAAAACGGUCUGAAUAUGCAAAUAACUCUGUAACGUGUGUGAUACUGUGACUCUGAUUGUAGCCGAAGCUUUAACACUUAAUUUCACAAACAACACUGGCGUCCGACCGAGACUGCGUGCAGAAAAAUCAAAGUUUUUAUUUUCAGAGUUUAUCUUUCUGUAACAUCCUUCCAGUCUGAAACAAAAAAACACUUAUCGGAUGAAUCUCCUGUCGCUGGUCUCUCGACCUGCUGUGAUGAUUUUUUUUUGUUUGUUUGUUUAAUUGCACACUUUUUUAUAUUUGCCUCAAUCUGGAAAUAUGCACAUGCUGUAGUUUUUAAAUGUUGUAUGUACGUUAUGUAUAUGUUGUAACACUGUUCUAGCAUUUCACAGAUUAAACAUUUUGUACUUUUAUCUUCACUUAAACAUCCAAAGUGCCUGAAUAUCUCUGUUGACCUCCUGGUUGGAUCAUCAGGUUUUACAUUCCUCUUGUGUUAUCAAGUAAAACUGUAAAUAUGUUGCUGUAAACGUCCGUAUGCUUUCAUAAUUUAAGUGAUGGAUUGGUGCUUUUUCUGUCCUCAGUACACUUCUGGUUUUUCUUUGCUUUAUUCAGCCUGCAGCGCUAAAAGUUUCUUUUACUGGUAAAAGGAAGCGUGCUUUGUUUAAAUCAGCAGAAUGAAGUUAAGAGAGGAAAACAAAACCAGCGGUCGCUCGUCUGGUUGAUGGAAAAGGAAGUGACAUUUUUGUUUUCACGUCACUCUGGAUGCAAAAAUGUUAUAAAACAUUAAUUUUUCUACUUUUAAAUGUGAAGAUUUUCUUCUUUUUCAUGGUCAUUUAAUAAUAAACUAUGUUUGGGAACUAAAUGUA